UAUGCCACCUAAAAAAGAAGAAAUCGAUUUGAAUGCCUUGCCUCCUCUCAAACAUCUAUGUGUCACUAUUAGAAUUGAAGCAGCUAAAUCAAGAGCAAAUAAACUACUUAACCUACUCAAAUCUUGCAAAUCUUUUCAAAAAAAUAUAUAAAGAGAUGAAAUCAUUGCUUUUUGUAAAGAAAAAUAAUUAUAUGUUGAUCCUGCAACCUUAACUGAUAAAUAGAAAAAGGUAUAUUUAUUUCAAUAUUCAGGAUCCUAAAUUUAUGGCUGAAGUUUCUACAGAACUUACAUCUGAAGUUAUGAAUAAAGCAUUUCACUUGUUCAUUUAAGAUCAAGUACUUGCUCUCCGAAAAGCCAAAUAUUUAGCUGCUCAAGCUUAAGCUGCUGAAAAAGCUGUACCUCCCAAAAAAGAUGAUAAAAAGGACACUAAAAAAGGACCUAAAGAACCUGUUACAGUUGCACCAAUUGUUGAACCUGAAAAGAUUGCUCCUGAAAAAGAUUAUCCCAAAAAUUUUGAUAUGCUUUUCAUUGUUUAAGGAUUUCCUCAAGUACCUUAAGAAUUUAUAGAAUUAAUAAUACAUGUUAAAGAGAGAGUAAUUAAUUGGGGUGGGCUUGAUAUAAAUUAAAUAGAAUAGCCUGAAGAUUUACAAGAUGAUUUUGAAAGGAGAAUUGAAGACUUCGUUCCUCCUCCUCCUAUCAAGCGAUAAUAUUCUGAAGAAUCACUUAAUUAUGCUGCCUCUGAAAGGAGUCUUAUUGAUUAAAUAAAAUCUGCAAGAGUCACUUCGCUACCUUCUGAUCCAUUAAGAUAAAUGACUAUCAAAGAGCUUAUUUUAGAUAUAGACUUAGAUGCUGAAGAAGAAACAAUUAAAUAGUUCUAUGAAACUAUUUUUGAAGAAAUUUGCUAAUUCAGCAUAGAUCAAUAAUAAUAUACAGAAUGGAUUUCUAAUAAAAAACCUAUCUAAUUAAUAAACAAAGAAUGUCCAAAAGAUCCUUUUGAUUAAGAAGUUGAAAGAAUUAAAAAUGAAGCUUAAUUAGCAGAAGAAUAACAAAAAGCAGUAGAAGAAGCUCUCUUAGCUGAAAAAAAUAAAAAAGGAGCUAAGAAAGAAGCAAAGAAAAGUGAAGCUGAAUUGGAAGCUGAAAGAUAAGCUGAGGUUGAGAAGCAUAGAUAAAAUGAAUAAAGAAAAUAAUAAAUAUAAGAUGCUAUUGAUUAAUAAUAGAAAAUGAAAAAAAAAUUACAUCUAUAAUAUUACAAAAGAUAAUUAUCAGAUGUUUAAUUAUAAAAGAUAGGACCUGGAAUUAUGUUAGAAUGUUUAUUAGAUUAAUUAUAAACAGAAUCUACAUAUUUAAGUAAUUCUUAAAUACCUCCUAGUCUUGAAGACUAGGAGGAUGCAGAUCAAGUUAACAAAAUUUUGGUUAAUUUAAGAGGAUAACAAAAUGAAUAAAUAAAGAGUAGAAAAUAAGAGUAAGUAAUAGAAUCUCCUAAAUAAUUGAUAUUAGAUGAAUGUGAUUGGAUUGAGAUGAGAGCUUAUUUUGCUUAAUUACAUGAUCAAUAAUCAAUUGUUGAAAGAGAACAUAAAAUCUUUGAUAAUCUUUGUUAUCCAGGAAUAGACAGAUAAGGUAUGCCAGAAAUACCAGAGAAAUCUGAGAAAUUGAGAAAAGCUAACAAAUCAAAAUUACAUCCAUUUGUUAAUGUAGAUGUUAAUGAAUUUGAGAGGAGAUAAUUAUUAUUGUAAUUCGAAGAUUUGUUAAAGGAAAAUGAACCUGAAAAAGAAUGGCAUUUUGGUGAUAGAGUAUAUAUGGAAAGACAUAAUAGAAAUACAUUAAGAUAGAAAUUCUAUGAAGCUUUGCUACAUGAUCCUUAAGUUAUUACUAAAUAUUUACCAGAUGAUGAUGCACUUAUGAUAUGUUUUUAUUAUAAAAAUCCUCCUGGCAGAACUUUAAGAAAAAAAUGGUCCGCAGAAUGGAGAGUAUUACCUAAUCUUGAAUAUUAUAUAUAGGUAAGAAAUUUCAAUAGUGAUUAUUUUUAUGAUAUUGAUUAUCAAAACAUUGGAGCUAUUACUGAAAGAUGUAAAAUAAUGUAUCCCACAGAUAAUUCCUUAAUUUUAGCUACUAAAUUUACAGUUGGAGAAAAGGAACGUCUUCGAUAUAGAAUCAUUAAGGAGAAUGUUGUAUUUGGAAUUUAAUGUGGAUUUUAUGCAUAAUUUAAAGAGCAAAGAAUGAGUGUAUAAGAUCAAAUUAUGAAUUUGACAUUUAAGAAUGGUUUAUGUUUAAGAUUCACUUAGAUGGGAGAAGUUGUUUAAUAAUAUCUUUACCAUAAAACUUAAGAAUAAUCAUCAUCAAAUUAGUUCAAUCUCUAUGAUAAUACAGAUAUCAAUUCUGAAUAAGAAAUAAAAAGAGUUAUCACAGGCCAAGGAUCUGUGAUAAUUUAUAAAAAAGAUGGUACUAUAUUUGUUUUAUAUUCUAAUGGUAAUGUUUCUUGUUAUAAAUAAAAUAUGUGGAUAACCACAAAUAAUAAAGGAUAUAGAUAAUCAUUAAAGGGAGUAGAAAAGAUUCCUUGUGCAAUAAAAACAGAUCCUGAAAGUGGAUCUAAAGUUUAUAUACGAGAUGAUCAAACUUUAAUUAUAUAUUAUAAGGAUGGAUCAUAAUAUACAUAACAUUAGGAUGGAACAAUAAUGUUUAUUAAAGGUGAUAAAAUAAUAGUAGAACAUCCCAAUUUUGCAAGUGUAAUAGUAACAAUUGAUAAAGCUAAAUAACGAUAAGGAACUAUCAUUAGAAAAAAUAAUUUAAGUGUUGGAUUUGAUAAUAUAUUUGAAAGAAGUUUUGAUGGUAGAGUAGUUGAGACAUUUUAUUAAGGAUGUAAGAUAAUUUCUUUUCUUGAGAAAUAAGAAGUACCAGAUUCAAAAUAAUAUAAAACUAAUAGAGUUCAUCUUCUAUAUACAUAAGACGGAAGUGUAAGUAAAUGUGUAGCCGAUGAAGAAGUGGUUAUCAUAACUGCUGAAGAGAGAGUUAGAUUGAAUAGUAAAGGAGAAAAUAGAUAGCUUGGCUAAGAUAUUGAUUUUUGGAUAUAGUUGUUUUCCUUAUCAGAUUAAAGAAAAUCUGGUAUUUAUACCAUAGAUUUAUAGAGGAGAUGUAUAUUCACUAAAGAUGAUGAAUAAAAUUACUUUGAAAUUGAUGAAGAUGGUAAUGUAGUUACUAAAUUAUCUUCUGCAUCACCUUCAAUUAUGGAACCCAUAACUCCUGAUUAAAUUCCAGAUGGCAUUUUUAUAGAUGAAGAUAAUAAAAUAUUACCUACUCCUAAAUAAUGGAUUCCUCCUCGAUUAUUUUUAGUCAGAAAUGACAAUACUGGAAUUGAACUCUAUAACUAAUUCUAAUUGUAAGAUUACUUUAGAUUAAAAUCUGAAAAUCCUUUCUGUUCUAAACUUAAUGAAGAAUUACCUAAUAAUGUCAAAUCUAUCUCUUUCAUUACUGAAAUAAAACAAUCACAUAAGAAAUUUAUUGAUGUUAAAAUUCCUUAGACUUUAGACAUUGUACCAAAAACAAUAUAAAAAACUACUAUUAUUCCACAUAGAGUUUUUACUUUUCGAAACUUUCUAGAAUAUCCAUCUUUUGAUAAAGAAGAACGAAUUCAUCAUGAUAUUUCUUUAUAGAAAUAUGAUACUUGGUAUAAAAAUAUGCUUAAAACAUAAAAUGAAUUUGGAAUUCUAUAAAAAUCAGAUGAAGAAAAAGAAAUUGAAUUUUAAAUUUAAAUGAAAAUUCUAGAAAGUAGAAGAACUGAUUAUUCAACUGAAUCAUAUGAUUAAGCAAAAAGUAAAAUUUAAAUACCUGAAUAAUAAAUUACUGCUGUUGAACCUCUAGAAUAAACUUUACUCAAAAGUGCUAGAGUCUAGUAGACAGUGUAAUAGGCAUUUGUUGAUUUAUCAAGAAAAGUUUAGACUAUUUAAAUUUAAAAAUAAUUAAAGCUUUUCACUGAAGUUAAAGGAUUUGCAAAUCACUAUUUUGAAACAAAUGAAGGUCUAGAAUAUUUAAAAUUCGCUCCUGAAGAACAACCAAUUAAAAAAUAAAGACAAAAAGUUGUCUAAAUUAAUGAUGAACCAUAAUAGCUUCAAUAAAUUGAAUAAUUUGAUAAUCAACCUGAAGGUAUUGUACCUUUAGAAUAACCACCUUUGCCAUAAUAUAAUAAUCUUACAAAAGUUGUAAUUAAACCUUCAGUCUUUACUUAAGCUGAAAUAGAUGAAGAAAUGAGACUAAAAAAAUUAAAUGAUGAUUCAGUUAAAUAUAGAAUGGCUAAACGAAAAGAUAUAGAUGUCUAUGGAAAAUAAAGAAAAGAUAAUAAACUUGUUCCUUGUUUAUUAAAAACUAAUCCAAAAUUAGAACUUAAUCAAAAAUAUAUAUUAACUGAUGCUACCACUGAUAAUCGUGUUAAAAUUAGUUCUAUGGCUACAAGAGUAUAUUAAUAGGCUGCUCCUGUUAGUCAAAUAAGAAAUGAAGGCAUGCAUCAAACUAUUAUUAGAACUCUUGAUAAGAAAAACAAUUUAGAUGAAUUAAUAGAUAAAAAGAACCUUAUGGUUACUGGAGACAUCAAUGAUAGAUUAAAGAAAGACCUUCUAAUAUAUCCGAUUACUGUCUAGUUCGGAGAACUAAGAUAAAAUGGAAAAUAUGAAUAUAAAAUUAAUGUUAAAAACGAAGACAUUAUGGCAUAGAGAAUUGUCUUAAAAUAACCUUUGAAUUAUAAUAUUAAAGUGCUUAUGAAAUAAAUGGGAUCUGUAAAUAUCUAUAUUAAUUUUUUUUUAGAUUUCCUUAGGAUUAGUCAGAGAAGUCUUCAUACAAGUUACAACAGAAAAGUUAGGAUAAUUUUCUGAUGAGUUCUAAAUCUUAUCUAAGCAUUCUAUUUAUACUAUUCCAAUCAAUGGUAAUGUACUUGAAUAACCAAUAUUUGAUAAACUUAAUUCUGAACAAAUUAAACUCUCUAAUAAACCAUUAUUGAAGAAAUAAGUUAAAGAUUUAUAAUAGGUAAUAUUUUCAAUUAUUCAAAUUAGUAAUUAAAAUAAUAAGAUAUUAUUGGAGAUAGUUAAGAUUCAGAUUUGCUUCCUAAAAUUAACUAUGACAAAAAUUAUAGAAUUGAUCCAUUUCAAAAUCAAAAGAAAGAAGACUUAUCAUAUGAAGAUGAAAAUUGAUUGCAAAUUAUCUAUAUGUGAUAU